UUAACUGGGGACAAUGAGCAGGGCUCCAGCAUUAAGCACAAUGUGAUUGAUGGUCAGUGUGAGCUGCUCUCAGAUGCCAUACGACCAAUUGUUUUUUCCUUUUAAAAAAAGAUCCCAGAGGGAGACGUGUGUCCACCCCGAUGGUUUAUCAUUUUGGCCAGGCAUUCGGUGUCCCUUUUUCCCCAGUGUAUUUUUAGGAAUGAGCACUCAAGAGAAAGGGAGAGGGAGAGGAAGUCAGUAUAUUGACUGACUGCAAAGUCGGAGUUAAACCUGCAUCAGAAACUCGAAACGAUUAGGAGGAAGGACACUAGCAUGGCACAAGCCAAAGCCAAGACCCACACCAAAGCCAAGCCUCCUAACCUGAAAGGUGAAAGUCCUGGCACAGAUAGUGUCUACACUGAUGCACUUGGCUUCUUUGCUAUGGACAGCAAUGUCCCAGGACUCUCUAAAGUUAUCCUUCAGAAGCUAAACAUGAAAAACUAUGACGAUUACAGAGAAGCUCUGCAAGGACAGAAAGUUGCGGCAGAUUUUGGAAUCCGCACUUACCACGACAUGUUUCAGAGGAUGGAAGACACGUUCAAAUUCUGUGCAGAAUGCAAAAAGCUGCCCGAAGCGCUGGUUGACCCUAGAGCUCUCCGGCGUUGUAAAAGGUGCCAGAAUGUCUACUACUGUGGGCAGGAAUGUCAGAGAGCAAACUGGUCAGUGCACAAGAGGCUGUGCAAGAAAUUAAAGUUGGCUGCAAUAGACCGCUUGGUUGAAUGGCUCGUCUUCACAGGUGAUAUCCCUUUCCAUAGCGGGAAAUGGACCAGGUCCAUGGCUGAGGUGAAAGGCUGGGAUGAAUGGUUCUUGAUGCAGGAGGACCUUGAUGCCAAGCUGGGCGCCGUUCUGAGCUGCAGGUACAUGCACAUCCUGUGGGCAAACGCAGGGAAGCCACGUCCGGAGGAUGAGGAGCUUGUGGCGUCUAUCAGACGGGUGACCAGCGACUUCCACACGCGGCCCAUCACUAUUGGCUUCGCUCUCUGCGGUUUUGGCAUUGCCCCGUCCCAGGCUCCCGUCACCGUCCACGUGGUCGGGGCCUCUCACACCGAGACCCUGGACGCCAGGAGAACAGACUACGAUGAGUUGGCACGAGCAUUUCCAGACAACCAGGGCCUUGAGGUGGUCCUGAUCGGGCCCGAAGUGGUGGAGGGGCCGGCGAUCAAAGCCCCUUUACAAUCCGCCGGCCAGGGUCACGUGCACUUGAGCGGAUGGAAAGGGCUUUACCACGUUUACUGGGAAACCAUGGUGGAGAUGGAACGGGCUGCUCGACCCGACCUUGUCAUAGGAUUUCAUCCAGGUUUCCAUGCCUCCCAGGGUCUGACGGAGGGAUGGCUGCCCACGCUGCUCUUGCUGCGAGAUUACGGCAUCCCAGUGCUAUUUACCAUGUACAGUGAGCAGGAGCUGACCUAUUCCCUGCGGAUCCUGGAGGAGCUGGAGGUGCGGAUUGUCAGCUCUGGCUGGAGCCCCUUUGCCUCCCUGAAGCUGGAGCAGGUGCAGUCUAACCCCAGCAAGCAGCUGGUCAGCAGUAACAGCAGCUAUGUGAUGCUCCAGGGAGCAAUCGAGGCUGUGCCAGAGCUGGGGUAGGAGGACAGCGGGUUAACAGCCUGGACUCCCCAUCCCCGGCUGGAACACGAACGGAACACCACUUCCCGGCUCUUGGAAAACGACUCAGUUAAUUUGAUGAAGACGCCAGCUUUGUAAUUCGGACUGAAUUUCUACCCCCAUCAUGAUCCUGGUGGAGGGAAGGGGGAGCUUUCUGUUCUUUCUGGUCUGCAAAGUUAACAAUAAAUAAUCGUUGCAUUUGAUAUA